UGGUUCCACAACCCUGUUGAUUAUUAUUUUCCAUUCUUCCAUUUCCCUAACACUUAGAUCCCAAUUUUUCAGAUCUUUUACAUCAAAUAAAUUGAAUGAUAAUGUCAUUACGAGAUAUAGACGAUGCUAGUUAUAUCAUACGAUUCAUACCUGCAUGAUUUCUGGUGGGUUUAGGGGGUAAUCAAGUGCCAUUUCCUUGCAUUAGUUUCAGAGUCUUGGAAAAUAGAUGUUUUCUUUCAAAAUAUUUUGGAUUAUAGAUUUGCUGGAUAUACUCUAAAGUUUAUACUUUAUUGCGAAAGGGAUCGUGGUAAAAUACGUAUGUAGGCCGAUACCAGUUCGAAUUGCAGUUUGUUAUCAUCAUCUAAAAAUUGUAAUUUGGAAUUAUUAUUUGUAUUGAAAUUAUUUGGAAUUAUUUUAUUAUAAUGAGUUUUACGAAAGGAUCAGGCUGCUUUUAUUAUUUUCUGUAGUUUUACGAAAGUGUUUCUGUAUCAUUUGUAUUUCUUGGAGCUGUUUAUGAUUCCCUUGUUCCCUCUCCAUAUGGAUUUGUAGAUUGAAUUUUGAAUAGUUAACUAUUUGAACCUGGUCCUAUUUGAUUGCCAUCAGCGACUGAUCAAACUGCUAAAAAAUUGGGAUCAUGAUUGAGAUAUAUCUAAAAGUCCUGCAUAGUGGUUCUUUGGUACAUGUAUAUAAGAAAUGUUAUUUCGUAUGAUGCUUCUAAUUUUUCUCAAGGUCCUGAUUUCGAUUGAUCAGGCUGCUAAAAGACUUGUAUAAUCAUUGAGAUCAUUGCAAAAAAUUGAGUUUCUCUGGUACUAGUAAGUAAGAAAUGUCAGCUUGUGUAUGAUACAUCUGAAUUUUUCUCAAGGUCCUGGUUUCAACUAAGUUCGGUUUGCCACUGUUUUUGGAUUGUUAUAACAGGGAAUCUUGCUUUAGUUGAUAAGUUUUAAAUUGAUAAACGGACAUCAAUAACUGAAAGGAUGGUGAAAAUGACUAUGAUUGCUCGUGUAAUUGAUGGUCUUCCUUUAGUGGAGGGACUAGAUGACGGCCGUGAUAUUAAAGAUGCUGAAUUUUACAAACAGCAGGUUAAGGCUUUGUUUAAAAAUCUCUCCAGAGGACAGAAUGAUCCAUCCCGGAUGUCAAUUGAAACGGGCCCUUAUAUUUUCCACUAUCUUGUUGAAGGAAGUGUCUGUUACUUGACAAUGUGUGACCGUGCUUACCCCAAGAAACUGGCUUUCCAGUAUCUUGAAGAGCUCAGCAAUGAGUUUGAGCGAGCUAAUGGCCCUCAAAUUGAAACAGCUGCUAGACCUUAUGCCUUUAUUAAGUUUGAUACAUUUAUACAGAAAACAAAGAAGCUGUACCAGGAUUCACAUACUCAGCGCAAUGUUGCAAAGUUGAAUGAUGAAAUCUAUGAAGUCCAUCAGAUAAUGACUCGAAAUGUGCAGGAAGUUCUUGGUGUUGGUGAACAGUUGGAUCAGGUCAGCCAAAUGUCCAGUCGCUUAACAUCAGAAUCUCGCAUAUAUGCUGACAAGGCAAAAGAUUUAAAUAGACAGGCUCUGAUUCGAAAGUGGGCCCCUAUUGCUAUCGUCUUUGGAGUUGUCUUCGUACUUUUCUGGCUCAAAACUAAGCUUCGGUGAUCCAGCAUGUAUAGCAUCACUUCUAGCCCAUGAUUUUCUAGACUUGGAAUGUACACGACUUCCUCACUGUCUGUGGAGUUUUGGUUUAGAAAAAUGAUCAUGUUACUAGUACGGGGAAACAUGGCUGUAACUACCCAAUUAUUUUCACGACCUCGGCCUUUUGCAAGUCAAUGAACAAGACUUUCAUUUCCUGUGUUUCAA